AUGCAUCACCACCGCAGGAAGUCAGGCAACACGUCCAUGACGGACGUGCGCAAGUCUGUAGGAGCUACCGAUCCAUCGACUAAAAUGCGCCGACCAGGCAUGACCCGACGACACACGCCCGUCAACGCCCAGAAGCUUGGCCGAAGUCACCGCGAACGAGAACGAGACAGACACGACACGUGGGAUGAUGAGCGGGAAAGCUUCCCCCAAUUCUGCAUGACAUGCGAGAAGCAAUUCGUCCCGCACGACGAGAAGUUCCUGUAUUGCUCCGACGCGUGCCGACGGAUCGACCAACAAAGUAGCUCGACUACGCCACAGUCUGCAACGGCCCAUCUUCGCGGCUACAACAGCAGCAGCUACCCUCCUUAUACGUCAGGAAAUCCCGAACCCAAAGACAUCAUCCCUCGCGCUGCCCCUUCACGGCCCACCUCGAUGCAUUUCAGUAGUUCUCCUCCCGCGUCCCCCCGAGCAGCGAAUCCGUCAGCUCAGUACAGCCACCACCAUCAUCAAAUAUCAGCCAUCUCCGCGUUGCGAUCCCUGUCAAUCGGCCCUCCCAGCCCUCCCUCGCCAACCGCGAGCAACGCCAGCAGCCUCUGGCCCUUUGGGCGAAGCGUCGUGCCAAGUCCGGGAAACUCUUACACGAAGCCGUCGGCACCGUACCUCUAG